UGCACUUCGUUUUGUGUUCAACUGGGCAAACAUACAGACAGCUGGAAUACUUUGCUAAGAAAAAGCAUGGCAUGCAGUAAAAGAAGUGGCCUUAUCACUGGUGCUGUACUUGGAGCUUUAUUAGCUCUCCUAGGAGGAGUUUUAAUACCAGUUGGAAAAAACAUUAUUAGUACAUCAAUUGUUAAGGAAAGCGUUCUUGAAAAUCAAACCACUGCUUAUGAAAACUGGAUUAAAGUUGGUGGAACCGUAUACAUGCAGAUUUGGCUAUUCGAUGUGAAGAAUCCUGUAGAAGUUAUUCUCUAUGGUUUAUCACCAACGGUUGCACAAAAGGGACCUUAUACUUAUAAGGUUCGUUAUCUUCCAAAGGAGAACAUUACAGCAAAUCCAAACAACACAAUCUCUUUCUCAGUACCAAAGGAAGCAAUCUUUGUACCUGAAAUGUCCAUUGGAAAUGAAGAGGACAAAAUUACAACUCUCAACCUGGUGGUUGCUGGAGCUCCAGCAUUGGUACCAAAUUCCGUUCUUUCAUUCUUAAACGGUAUAAUUAAGAAGCAGAAUAGUACAUUAUUUCAACAAAGGACCGUGAAAGAAAUUGUGUGGGGUUAUAGUGACCCUGUAUUGAAAGCUUUAACAAACCUGUCCUUGAUAAAAGAUGAUAUGACAGGAGUUAUGUACCCAUAUAAUGGAACAGCUGAUGGGUUAUAUGAUAUAUUUACUGGAAAAGAUGACAUUGGAAAACGAGGAAUAAUCGAUAAAUGGAAAGGUCAAAGAGAUGUCUCAUACUGGAAUGACAAGUAUUGCAACAUGAUCAAUGGCACAGAUGGCUCGUCAUUCCCUCCUUUCGUGGAUAAGAAGAAAUUAUUAUAUUUCUUCCCCUCAGAUAUCUGCAGGUCAAUAUACGCUAAAUUUGAAAAGGAAUUCAAGUUGAAAGGAAUUUCUGUCUAUCGCUUCAAAAUUCCACCAGAAACCUUUGCCUCUCCUGUUGUAAAUCCUGAAAACAAAUGUUUCUGUGAUGAGAAAAAAGACGACUGUUCUUUGGCAGGAAUUCUUGAUAUCAGCAGUUGCAAAGAAGGAUUGCCGGUCUACAUAUCUCUACCUCACUUCUUGUACGGCAGUUACAGUUUAAUAAACGAAGUUAACGGGAUAAAUCCAAAUGAAUUCGAGCACAGUAUUUACCUUGAUGUAGAACCUAUGACUGGAUUUUCAUUAUCAUUUGCUAAACGACUACAAAUAAACUUUAAGAUUUCACCAGCAAAACAAAUUGAUGCUCUGUCAAAAAUAAAAAAGCCUAUAAUGUUUCCAUUACUGUGGCUAAAUGAGACUGCAUCGCUUGAUGAUGCCACAGCAGAAGAACUAAAAGCAUCAUUGAAUUCCAAAGUACGGCUUCUAGGAAUUCUUGAACUUUCAUUCAUUUGCAUAGGAGUGGGGAUUUUCUUUGGAUGCAUAGUUGCACUUUUGGUCAUGGAUAGAAAACAAAAGAAUGAAAAAGAUAAGUAUGCUGAACACAUUAAUCUGGAUAGGUUAAAAGAAAAUAAAUUCUAAUUGGAAUAUAGUAAUCUUUGGGUUAAAUGAUUAAUCUGUUCAAGUUGUCUAUGUAAAUAGAGUACUAAUUAUAUUAAACUCACUUUUGAUCAAAA